AUGAAGAUUAUUACUGCCAUUGCCCGUGCGGCUCAACUCCUUUUCAGCAUCGUCGUCCUUGGUCUGUCCGUCACACUCGCCAAAGGUCAAGGUUUUGGUAGCGCCCCAGCACAGACUGGCUAUGCUGCAUUUACCGGUGCUUUUGGAAUCAUCGCCGCUCUCCUCGGCAGUGUCGCACUCUUCGUCGACAAGUCAGACGGCGUCAUCACCUGGCUUGUCGAUGGAGUGGCGUCUCUUGCACUUCUCGCUGGUGGCAUUGUAUUUGCCGUUACUCUCAAGGGUGUUCACUGUGGGGAUGAAUGGACAACCUUUAACAAUGUCCUCCUCAAUGGAGGAUGCUGGUCCGAUAACCAAGGUGACAAGGGUUGCUGGUGGGGGAAGGAUGAGCUGCAUAGCCGAUGUGUCUCUGCUGAAGCCGAUACUGCAUUUAUGUUCCUGGGCUUCAUCGCUUGCAUUGGUGCCCUGAUCGGGUCCUUCCUCUCCGGCCGCCGUUGA